UUCAUUUUGAAAAAAUCGGGACAUGACAUUGACAAUAAGAGUAAUGCUUGAUCUCCUAGUUAUUUCUUUCAUGUUCAGUUUCGUUGUUCUUCAACAGAAAAGCAGUGCUCAAUCACUACGAUUGAUGAAAUGUGGAUUUGAUAAAAUAUAUCAGUUGGGUGACUCACUUGCUGAUACAGGCAACUGCAUAAGAGAGAAUCUUUGUGCACGUCGUCUUCGAUCUGGAAGAUUUCCUUAUGGAAUGAAUUUUUCCCAGAAAAAAUCAACUGGACGUUGUUCUAAUGGCAUGCUCAUUAUUGAUUUCAUAGCUUUGGGAUCUGGUCUACCUCUCCUAAAUCCGUACAAGCUUCAAAGUGCAAAUUUUACACAUGGUGUGAAUUUUGCAGUAGCAGGAGCUACUGCUUUACCAGCUGAAGUCAUGGCAGAAAAGAAGAUUGUUAAUGCAGCCACCAAUAGCUCAUUAAGUGUGCAGCUUGCUUGGAUGUCUUCUCAUUUUAAAACAUCCACCCGUGAUCGCGCAGCAAAAUUGAAGAAGGCUCUUUUCCUAGUUGGAGAAGUAGGAGGAAAUGAUUUCAACCAUGGCUUAUUGCAAGGUAAAACUAUAAAAGAGUUGCGAUAUAUGGCGCCAGAAGUUGUUCAGACCAUCAUUCAUGGUGUUAGAAGGGUCAUUGGUUUUGGGGCUACUCAAAUUGUAGUUCCUGGCAAUUUUCCAAUUGGUUGUUUACCAAUUUACCUAACCAAAUUCAGGACUGACAACUCAACUGCCUAUGAUAAUCACCAUUGCUUGAAAGAUCUAAAUAAUUUUGCAGUAUUCUACAAUUAUCAUUUGCAACAAGCCAUUCAAGAGCUGAAGAAAAGGUAUCCAAAAAUUACACUGAUUUAUGGUGACUACUACAAUGCCUAUAUGUGGCUUCUAAGCAAUGCCGUCGCUCUUGGAUUUGACAAAAGCUCCUUACAGAAAGCUUGUUGUGGAAUAGGAAGAGGCUAUAAUUUUGACUUAAGUAAAAUAUGUGGAUCUCCUAGAGUGCCAAUCUGUACUGACCCUAAUGCCUACAUCAGUUGGGACGGAAUUCAUUUGACACAAGAAGCAUACAAAUGGUUGGCAAGAUGGCUAAUUAAUGACAUGUUACCCAAAUUGAACUGCCAAUAAGUUUAAGUUCUAAGCUCUU